AUGGCUGACAAAGGUUCGCAUGCAUCAGAGAAAUCAUUUAAAAAUAAUAAUGAUACUCAAUCAUAUAUUCAUCAUUUGGUUUGGUUAGAUAAAAAUAUCGAAAAUUAUACUAAUAAACAAAAGCUAAAUCAAUGGCAUGAAUUGGAUGACAAAAUAAAACUUUUUGCCAACAAAGAAGAAUGUAUUGAUUAUAUACAAAGACAAAAUGAUAGAAAUAUGAAAUCCUAUAUUAUAUUCAUUAUCUCGGAUUCAUUUAGUCAACAGGUCGUACCACAAAUACAUGAUUAUAAAUGUAUUAUUGCAAUUUUUAUUCUUUCUACAAAUUCAAAAAAUUGUCAAACUUUAAAAUAUCCGAAAAUUCGAGCAACCUGUUUAGAUAUAUCUGAUUUAUUUAAUAGAAUUCGAAAUUGUAUGGAUAGAGAUAAGGCUUCAAUUGGUUUUAGUUUAUUCAAUAAACGAGAUAGUACAGAUACAGGUAAUCGAAAUCGAAAUAAUCCAAAAAAAAAUACAAUCGAUAUUUUUUUUUUUUGUAUUUAUCUAAUAGAAACAAUAUUAUUAAAAGAUAAAUCACAUGAAGAAUAUCCAAUUCGAAAUUUACAAGAAGAUCAAGCGCGUUUUCUUUGGUUUUAUAAAUGUCAUAAUUUUAUGAUUGAACUUGAAGAUGAUGAUAGUCAAGCUAAAGAAGAUAUGAUUUCUUAUUUUCGUACAAAAUAUAAUGAGGAUAAACGAAUAUUAAAACCAAUAGAUGAAUUCGAAAAAGAAUCAUUAGAAAAUAAUGCAAAAAAUGCUAUUUGGUGGUAUUCACAUAAUUCUAUCAUGUUUCGAAGUAUGAAUGAAGCAUUAAUUUCUGGUAAUAUAUCAACGAUAUAUUCGUAUCGUUAUAUUAUCAAAUUACUUUGUCGACAAUUAAAAACUCUACAUAAAGAAUAUAAAAAAUCAAUAUCAAAUAAGAAACUUCAUCUUUAUCGUGGUCAACGAUUAAAAUUACCACUAAUUCUUUUAAUUGCAAAUCAUAAAAAUGAUCUGAUUUCACUUAAUAGUUUCGUAUCAACAACAUUAGAAGAAGAUGUUGCAAUAAAAUUUUGUUUAGGUCGUUCAAAAAAUAAUGAUGAAGCUGUUAUAUUCGAAAUUGAUAUUGAUUUGAAUAGUGAACAAAGUAUUCCAUUUGCUGAUAUUCGUAAUGUUAGUAGAUUUCCUGAAGAAGAAGAAAUUCUUAUUUCAAUUGGAUCCAUAUUUCGUAUUGAAUCGGUUGAUUUUGAUGAAGAAAAAGAAUUAUAUAAAAUUCAUCUUUCAUUAAGUCAACAUGAUCAAUUAACUAUUAAUAAAUAUAUUGAACAAACAUUUGCAACAGAAAUUGAUUCAGCUGAUCAAUCAGUUCUUUUUGGUAAACUUCUUUUUGAUAUGGGAGAAUUUGAAUUUGCAAUUAAAUAUUUCGAUAAUAGAAUUAGUUAUCUAUCAGAUCGUAAUAAUCAUUAUCGACCCACUUUUUUAAAUAAUAUUGGUGUAUGUUACAAUCAAAUUGGCGAAAAAGAUCGAGCAUUUAAGUAUUAUAAAAAGGCAUGUGAAAUAUAUAAAGAAACAAAAAAUCAACGUGGAUUAAGUGCAUGUUAUCAUAAUAUAGCAAGUUUUUAUUAUGAUCAAGGAGAUUAUGGUACUGCUCUUCGAUGGGCAUUAGAUGCUUUAAAUGAACGACAACAAUACCGAUUAGAAAAAGCAUCAACUCUAGAUCUGCUUGGUUGUAUUCACUUAGCUCAACGUGAUGCAGAAGCAGCGAGAAAUAAUCUUCAAGAAGCUCUUAGUAUACGUGUAAAAUAUUUAGGUCAAUUUGAUCCAAAUCAUCCUGAUAUUGGAAUAAGUUAUUUCAAUUUGGGUAAACUUGAUUCGAAAUUUUUAUUUCUUAUUGAUGCUCAAAAUAAUUAUUCACGUGCUGAAGAAAUCUUUCGUCAUAACUAUCCAAAAACACAUCCAUUAAUUAUAAAAAUUCAACAAUGUUUAGAACAAAUUAAACAACAAUUAUAA